AUGUGUCGAAUAGGAGGGUUGAAAGGCGCUCGUACAGACCUUUUACCAACUGCGCUAAACGCUGAAACUUGGAGAACCAGGAUAUCCGGUUCCUAUCUUGCUCUCACUAUAUUAGAUUGUGUAUCAUUCUCGGAGUGCAUCUGCUUGGGUACUAGUGGUACCUCCGAUCCGAAGGACCAUCAAUUUACCGAUCCAUUCGAAGCCACUAUGGAAGGCGAUCGUCCCUCUCCUAGGCCUAAGGUUUUCGGAACAUGUCGUUCUAAUAUCCCUCGCCUUACUCCUGGAAAAGCUCGUGCGCCACUGUCCGCUACAGUUCAAACUGCUCGAAACCUGAAAAGAAAAAGUAUUGAACACUUCAAUAGAGCGAUGUCAUCGGCAAUUCCAGCAAAACGGGUCAAUCUUACUGUUGCUUCACAAGUUUCCAAACCGUUGCCCGAGUCCAUGAGAACAGGAAGAGCAACAUUAGCAAGUACAAAUGGAUUACCACGCUAUCUUCAAACUACAGCAUCGUCCGCUUCACGACGGAAUGUGGUAUCCGUAACGAGUUCCAGUCGAGUGAACACUCCAUGUCCGCUAUCCACUUCUCGUCGUUCCUCAUCAGCGAGUCGAGAAAAUGUGGAAUUGACUGAGUUGCGGGCAAAAGUGACGUCUUUUGAAGGGGAUGUUGCAAAAAUGACUGCAGCGAAUGAGCUCUUGAAGAGUCAACUCUCUUUGAAAGAUCAGAAUUUGGAAACAUUGCAGAGUUCAAACGAGUGUUAUCGACAAACGAUCUCAUUGAAGGACGCACAGCUCGCUUCUGUGCAGCUCGCUCUUGAGGCGGAAAAGUCGAAGUCUGCCUCUAUGCAAGCAGCGAUCGAACGUCUUGAGAGUGAAAGUAAAGACCAACUUGAGAGCAUUGGACGGUUGAUGUCGGAACUUUCCGCCAAACGCGAUGAACUACGUGAAAAGGAUGAGGAAAUGCGGUUACUCCACAACGCCGUGGUAGAUUUAAAGGGACAAAUUCGAGUAGCAGUCCGUGUACGUCCUCCUCUUGGUAAAGAAAUGGAUGUACCUGUUACUCAUAUCAGUUAUCCUGGAGUCUCAUCGAUUAAACUGGAUCAAGGCAAAAGUUCUCAGUGCUUUGAGUUCCAAAGGGUAUUCGGUCCAAACAUGAGUCAAGCGAGGGUAUUCAACGACGUAGAAGAGUUAGUUCUGUCGUGCCUACAUGGUUACAAUGUCUCUAUAAUUGCUUACGGACAAACUGGAAGUGGUAAAACUCACACUAUGAGGGGAGGAGAGGGCGAUAGUGAGGGAAUCAUUCCUCGAGCGGUGAAAUUUCUCUUCCAUUCCAGAGAUAAACUAGCAGAUUUAGAUUGGACUUUCGAUUUCAAGGCCUCAUUCUUAGAGGUCUACAACGAAGAAAUUUAUGACCUUUUAGCCGAGAGGAAGAAACUUGAAGUGAAAAUGGGAUCAGGAAAUACGACCGUGAUAGGGUUGAAGUAUUACGAAAUCAAUGAUAAAAGUGAUAUCGAAAACAUUUUGGCCGUAGCCGACCGAACCCGUUCCACAGCCGCUACCAAGUGCAACGAACAGUCAAGUAGGAGUCAUGCUGUAUUUGAGCUUGCAGUGCAGGGCAGCAACAAGACCUCAGGCGCAUACCGUUACGCAGCCCUCCAUCUUGUUGAUCUUGCUGGAUCCGAACGUGUCAAAGAAUCUGGCGCAGAAGGAGAUCGUUUUAAAGAGAUGACGCACAUCAAUUCAGCACUGUCAAAUCUUCAGAACUGUAUACGUAGUCAGUUGAACAAGAAUCAGCACAUUCCAUAUCGCAAUUCGAAGCUCACAAUGUUGCUUCGAGACAGUCUAGGGGCAGGUAACUCAAAAACCAUGGUCAUAGUCGCGUUGAAUCCGGCUGUAACACAAAUUGCCGAGACGAAACGCAGCUUAGAUUUUGCUCAACAGAUGAGUAUGACUAAGAUUGGAUCCGCCAAGAAGCAAGAACAAUAA